UCAAAAACUGAACCAAUAACAACGGAAUUUAGAAAUAUUAUAUUUUGAAUUCUGUAACUACAUUUCUAUUGAGAGUAUAUUUAUAGAUAUUAUGCUAUUUGAUUAACAUCAAUCAUGACUUCCACUGAAAAAGACGCAGAGAAAAGUGAUCAACCAGACGAGAAUCCGCCGGAAAAUGCCGAAGACGAGAAAGCUGUCCUCGAUGAGUAUAUUUAUAACCUAGAAUCUAGAGUAAAGCAGAAAUCUGAGUUGAGAAAUCAGAAUUUGAACUGUGUACGUCCACCCGAUAAUUAUUUUUCGAAAUUAGAUUCUGGGUUAAAGAAGAACACAACAUUUGUGAAAAAAUUGAAGUCCUUUAGUGCGACACAAAUAGAUACUCUCUUAAAGGAUUUCAAUGCUCUGAACUUGACAAAAUACAUAUCAGAAGUUGCAGCAGCGAUUGCUGAAGCUAAACUCAAGAUGUCUGAUAUUGCAGCUGCUAUAAAUUUAUGUUCAGCACUGCACCGGACAUAUGCAGACUUUUCUUCAAAUUUCUUUGAAAACUGGCAGAAAAUUCUAACUUUCAAAGCUACAGAUAAAAUAACAAAUUCUUCUAAAUUACGAGUUGACAUAAGGUUUUAUGCAGAGCUGGUGGCCGUUGGUAUAUUUACUAAUAAGACUGGGCUACCACUACUGGGUAAUGUUCUGACAGUUCUGAUAAAUAUGGACAAAGAGGAGCAUAAUAAUAUACCAAUACUUUUGUCAUUUUGCAAACAUUGUGGUGAAGAUUAUGCUGGAUUAGUACCAAAGAAAAUUAGAGAUGCAGCUGAGAAAUACAAUGUGACUAUUCCUAGGAACACAUUCUUGCCAGCAGAGAAGCAGACUGCAGUAAGAACUCUUCUGAAGGACUAUUUUCUGUCUUUAACAAAACACUUGCUAGCGGAGAGGGCUCAACUGCAGGCUUUACAUGCUGCCAACCAAAGGACACUGCAUACUAGAGGUGAAUUGUCUCAAGAGAGAAAAGACCAGUUGGAGCAACAUCAGGCAACCUACGACAAGUUGCUCACAGGAGCACAGAGCUUUGCAGAAGUGCUAGGAGAAGAGUUGGGAGAAGCCGGUGAGCCUCCCACACUAAGUCUUACAGUGACAGAGACACAGGGUACUGUGACUAUUGGAAGCGGUGAAGAGUUCACCUUGCAGGCCGGUAUAGACCCCUGGCAAGAUGAAGACACAAGAACAUUUUAUACUAGCCUGCCUGAUCUAAAGGUUUUCAUGCCUAACUAUCAGUUGAAAGAAACAGUUAAAAGUAAGACUGAAACAGUAACUGAGGAAAUGCUAGAUGAAGAUUUGAAAGAGGAUGAACUGAGUGACAGUGAAGCACCCCCCACUGUUCCUGACAUGGAUCAAGAAGAGGCUCAGCCAUCCAAUGUUUCAAACAAGUAUGCUCUCGACGCAUUUUUGAAUGAACUGCCGAAUUGUAUCAAUCGAGAAUUGAUUGAUAAUGCAGCAGUUGAUUUUGUUUUGAAUCUCAAUACAAAGAAUAACAGAAAGAAACUAACAAGGGUCCUCUUCAGUGUUGCCAGAACUAGACUGGAUUUGUUGCCAUUUUACUCAAGGUUUGCAGCUAUACUGUACCCAGUGUUACCAGAUGUGUGUGUAGAUUUGUGUCAAAUGCUGAAACAGGACUUUAAGUAUCAUGUCAGAAAAAAGGAUCAGAUUAACAUCGAAUCUAAGAUCAAAGUGGUGCGUUUUAUCGGCGAGUUGGUCAAGUUCAGUCUGUACUCGAAAAUGGAAGCUUUGUAUUGUUUAAAAGUUCUCUUGCAUGACUUUAAACAUCACCACAUUGAAAUGGCAUGUAAUCUCCUCGAGACCUGUGGAAGGUACUUGUACUGCAACCCAGACACACAUCAACGCACAAUGAUAUAUCUGCAGCAAAUGAUGAGAAAGAAGACUGUAUCAGCGCUAGAUUCGCGUUACGUAACGCAAAUAGAAAACGCAUUUUACUAUGUCUGCCCACCUGAAGCUCCGGCUCAACCUAAAGAGGAAGAACCCCCUAUGCACCAGUUUAUCAGAAAAGUUCUUCAUGAAGAUCUCCAAAAAAGUAAUGAAGAGAAAAUACUAAGACUGAUGAGAAAAUUGAACUGGGAUGAUCCAGAUACGGCAGCUAUCGCGAUACAGCAUCUAGCAGGCGGCUGGAGAGUGAGGGCCAGCGCCAGGAGGGCUUUGGCAAGACUGACAGCAGAAUUAGCAGCUUGGCAAGAAAACGUAGCCCCUGCAGUAGUUGACACAAUCCUCGAAGAAAUCAGGGUCACCAUGGAAGACCCUCAUCCCAGAUACAAUCAGAGGAGAAUAGCCACGGUUAGAUACUUAGGAGAGCUAUACAACUAUAAGCUGUUAGACUCCCGCGACGUGUUCACAGUUUUAUAUUCCUUCAUAACAUUCGGCGUUACAAAUGACCACAGUAAUGUUUCUCCCCUUGAUCCACCAGACAACGUGUUCAGAAUUAGACUAGUCUGUGCCCUUCUCGAGACUUGCGGCGCUUAUUUCAAUAGCGGAUCGAGUAAAAAGCGUCUGGAUUACUUCUUGACAUUCUUUCAAAAUUAUUACUGGUUCAAACAUUCUGACCCACAUUGGACUGACGAUAAUAUGUUUCCGAUUUAUGUAAAAUACAUUUAUCAAGAAUGUUUAACUACUCUGAGACCCAAGCUAACGAUGUUUAACAGUUGGCAAGAAUGUAAGGACGCAAUAGAAGAAUUGCGACAGACUUUAUAUCCAGAGCUUGGUGAAGAAGAUAAUGACAAUGAAGAUCUGGGUGACGACAGUGUGAAUGAAGGAUUGGACACUAUAAUUGAGACUGAUGAUGAGACAGACAAUCCUCAGCUGCCUGAAGAAAGUUCUGAUGAAGAGCCCAUUACAGAAAAUACUGGAAAUGAUGACGGCGAUGUUCCUCAAAAUGACGACAUUACUAUUGAACCCAGAAGACCUGCUCCAAAACCCGUGGAAGAUGUUGAAUUUGAAUCGGCAUUUGAGAAGAUGGUUAUGGAGAAUAUUGCUGAGAGACAGCGCGAGACUAGACCGCAGCAGCGAGACAUAGCCGUCCCAAUGACCUGCCGCCAAACUACCAAAAAGACGUAUGAACAACUGCUGCUUUUACAGCAAGGUAAAGAAGACGUGGAAUUUGUGCUAAUGGUGAGGAAAGGUACUAAACCUCAGUACAAGUCAUUCAAUGCCCCGCCUGAGCUCGCCAGCAAUCUACAGCAGCAAGCUUUGGCAGAUAAACAAGAAAUGGAGAGAAUGAAACUGCUGACUUUAAAUAUCUCGGAGAGGCAAGAAGAGGAAGAAUAUAGCGCAGAGAGUGGAGGAGGAUCAGGCGGUAGCGGCAAUCCGAACCGUGGCCAACAUGUCCGUCAAAAGUACCAACACCCAAAAGGAGCUCCCGAUGCAGACCUUAUAUUUGGCCCGAAAAAAUUUAAAUAACACAUGGCCCCCGUAGAAGAGUAGACAGGGGAACUUUUAAAGAUUCCGUAUCAAUACCUGCUACUUUUCUGAAGACGGUGUAAAUUAUAAUGAUGAUUAGUGAGGAACUUGUUAAACGUAAUUUGUAUGUUAAAAAUAUAUUUCUUGAAAAUAAAUUAGAGAUUUUUAAAGG